UGGUGCUUGGUGUCUGCUAAGCAGCCAUUCUAAAUUGACACCUAAAUCUGUUUCUGGCGCGCGUCCUCAUAUUCCUUUCUAACAUCACCAUCAUACCAAAAUACAUACAAAAAUCUUCAUCUUCUUCUUCUUAUUCUUGCAUGGAUUCUCUCAAUACAAAUUCAUUAUCAUCAUCAUCAUAAUGGUUACAGAUUCCAAAACCAUUCCACAUCGUGGAAUCAUCGUUGGCAAUUACUGCCACGACAUCCUCCUCAACAACAACCUCGUUAUCGCCGAAACUCUCGGCGGCGCCGCCUCUUUCAUCUCCACCGUCCUCGACGCUCUUUCUCUUCCCUUCCAUCUUGUCUCCAAAGUGGGUCCCGAUUUCACCCACGCCGCCCUCACAACAAAUCAUCCCCCUCUCGUUAUCCCCACUUCUCAAACCACCAUCUUCCAUGCCCACUUCGGAUCAAAUCAUCCAGACCGGAUUUUAAACCGGGUCGGAUCAUGCGACCCGAUUACCCCAUCGGAGAUUCCAUCUGGGUCGAGGUUCGAAUUCGGAAUGGCGGUUGGUGUUGGCGGGGAGAUUCUCCCUGAAACGUUGGAAAAAAUGUUGGAAAUUUGUGAUUUUGUUUUUGUUGAUAUUCAAGGUUUGAUUCGAAGAUUUGAAGAUAAAGAUGGGAGAGUGAAUCAUGUGGGGUUAAAGGAAAGUGGGUUCUUUCAUCUUUUACCAAAGAUUUCGUUUUUGAAAGCUUCUGAAGAUGAAGCUUUGUUUAUUGAUUUAGAAGAAGUGAGAAAAUGGUGUUGCGUGGUUGUCACGCAUGGGAAAGAUGGGUGUGAGGUUUUUUGUAAAGAUGGGUGUUUGAAAGUUGAUCCGUUUCAGGUUUGUCAGGUUGAUCCAACUGGUGCUGGUGAUUGUUUUCUCGGUGGUUUUGCUGCUGGGAUUGUGCAGGGUUUGGAUGUUUAUGAUGCUGCUUUGUUAGGGAACUUUUUUGGUUCUUUGGCUGUUGCACAAGUUGGUCCACCUUCUCUUGAUAUGAAUUUGGUUCAGAUGGUUAAGGAAGAGAUGAACAAGAGGAAGGUUAAGGAUACUCCCUGCUCAGAAAAAAUAGAUAAGUUGCCGGUGUUCCGGAAGCCACACGAUCAAGAUCAAUUUUAUGCAUCUCUUGUUGCUGCCAAAGACAAAAUUAUGUAUCACAUUCAAGAAAAUGGGUGGAAGAGCUCUCCCAAACUGGUGGAUCAAAGUAAUGUGAAGGCAAAACCUGUAAUAAAUUCUGUUCAACAGGGACCAAUUUCAAGUGUUGUUGAUAAGUGAAUCCUAAUAUCAUGGGAGCUCAAAAUCUAGCGGCAAUUCUUCAGCUCCCUCUUUAGGAUCACUUCACUUGAAGCCUAAUUGUACACCAAGUCUCACAUGUAGCCUAAUUGUAGUGUUAUAGUAGUAAUGAAUUACUAAUGAAAUGUUUAAAAAAAAAUAAAGAAAUUGAAAUUUCAUUCAUUACAUUCAUCUUUGUGUAUUUUGUCAUCAUCUUGUACCCUCUUUUUUCUUUUAAGAAAUUUAUAAUCCCUCCUAAACAUAAA